GCUUCGACCCGGAGCGCGGGCGCGGGCCGGCGCCGUGCCAGGAGGUGGAGAUCCCCAUGUGCCGCGGCAUCGGCUACAACCUGACCCGCAUGCCCAACCUUCUGGGCCACGAGUCGCAGCGCGAGGCGGCCGCCAAGCUGGAUGAGUUCGCGCCGCUCGUGCAGUACGGCUGCCACAGCCACCUGCGCUUCUUCCUGUGCUCGCUCUACGCCCCGAUGUGCACCGACCAGGUCUCGACGCCCAUCCCCGCCUGCCGGCCCAUGUGCGAGCAGGCGCGCCUGCGCUGCGCGCCCAUCAUGGAGCAGUUCAACUUCGGGUGGCCCGACUCACUGGACUGCGCGCAGCUGCCCACGCGCAACGACCCGCACGCGCUAUGCAUGGAGGCGCCCGAGAACGCCACAGCCGGGCCGGCCGAGCCCCACAAGGGCCGGGGCAUGCUGCCUGUGGCGCCCCGGCCCGCACGGCCCCCGGGAGACGGCGCCUCGGGCCCCGGGGGCAGCGGCACCUGCGAGAACCCGGACAAGUUCCAGUACGUGGAGAAGAGCCGCUCGUGCGCGCCGCGCUGCGGGCCCGGCGUCGAGGUGUUCUGGUCGCGGCGGGACAAGGACUUCGCGCUCGUCUGGAUGGCCGUGUGGUCCACGCUGUGCUUCUUCUCCACCGCCUUCACUGUGCUCACCUUCCUGCUGGAGCCCCACCGCUUCCAGUACCCCGAGCGCCCCAUCAUCUUCCUCUCCAUGUGCUACAACGUGUACUCGCUGGCCUUCCUCAUCCGCGCGGUGGCCGGCGCGCAGAGCGUGGCCUGCGACCAGGAGGCGGGCACGCUGUACGUGAUCCAGGAGGGCCUGGAGAACACGGGCUGCACGCUGGUCUUCCUGCUGCUCUACUACUUCGGCAUGGCCAGCUCGCUGUGGUGGGUGGUGCUGACGCUCACCUGGUUCCUGGCGGCUGGCAAGAAGUGGGGCCACGAGGCCAUUGAGGCGCACGGCAGCUACUUCCACAUAGCGGCCUGGGGCCUGCCGGCGCUCAAGACCAUCGUCAUCCUUACCAUGCGCAAGGUGGCCGGCGACGAGCUGACCGGGCUGUGCUACGUGGCCAGCAUGGACGCAGCGGCGCUUACGGGCUUCGUGCUGGUGCCCCUGUCCUGCUACCUGGUGCUGGGGACCAGCUUCCUCCUGACGGGCUUCGUGGCUCUCUUCCACAUCCGCAAGAUCAUGAAGACUGGGGGCACCAAUACGGAGAAGCUGGAGAAGCUCAUGGUCAAGAUCGGGGUCUUCUCCAUCCUGUACACGGUGCCAGCCACUUGCGUCAUUGUCUGCUAUGUCUACGAGCGCCUCAACAUGGACUUCUGGCGCCUCCGGGCCGCGGAGCAGCCGUGUGCGCCGGGGCCGGGGACCCGCAGGGACUGCUCGCUGCAGGGCGGCUCGGUGCCCACCGUCGCCGUCUUCAUGCUCAAAAUCUUCAUGUCGCUGGUGGUGGGCAUCACCAGCGGCGUCUGGGUGUGGAGCUCCAAGACCUUCCAGACGUGGCAGAGCCUGUGCCACCGCAAGAUGGCAGCGGGCCGGGCCCGGGCCAAGGCCUGCCGGACCCCUGGGGGCUACGGCCGGAGCACCCACUGCCACUACAAGGCCCCCACUGUGGUCUUGCACAUGACUAAGACAGACCCCACUCUGGAGAACCCCACACACCUCUAGGAACAGGCCUGGAGCGGCUGCUGCCCUCUCCACGCCUCCCCCUCCCGGGGACAGCUGACUGCAGCUGCCCAGCUGUCAAGGUCAGGCAAGUGGGGUGAGGACCAGGGUAGGCGAUUCCUGCAGCCCCUCACCCGGCAGCGCCCACCAAGGCUCGCUGCCCCCAGCCCCCGCUGCACCCUGCCGGGGGCGGAGAGGCCUUGGUGGGCGAGGGGACGGUCCAGCAGGGAGUUUAUUUAAUGAUGUAAUUUAUUGUCGAGUUUCUCUGGAAGCUGUGACAGAAUAAACCCCCACGUGGCA